CCAAAUAAUGGAUCAGUGAAGGAGAAGGAAAUGGAAGGUGGGAAGCAGCAGUCGAAUAAGCUUUGCGGUAGAGGGCAUUGGAAGCCAGCAGAGGACUCUCAACUUAAACAACUUGUUGCUCUUUACGGCCCUCAGAACUGGAACCUCAUUGCUGACAAGUUGGAAGGUCGAUCAGGUAAGAGUUGCAGAUUGAGGUGGUUUAACCAGUUGGACCCAAGGAUCAACAGAAGAGCAUUCAGUGAAGAAGAGGAGGAGAGGCUAAUGGCAGCUCACAGAGUGUAUGGCAACAAAUGGGCAAUGAUUGCUAGGCUGUUCCCUGGUAGGACUGAUAAUGCUGUGAAGAAUCACUGGCAUGUUGUCAUGGCUAGGAAAUACAGACAACAUUCUAUUGCUUAUAGGAGGAGAAAAUUAAGCCAUUCUGUUGUUGGAUCAGAGCCAAACACUUUCAGUUUCUAUGGUGGCAAUUUUAUCAGUUCAAAUCACUUCCCAUUUGACGUUCCCAUUGGUGGGUUUAAUGUUCUCCACAGCAUGAGCAAUGGUACUGAUGAAGAGGCAGUGUUGUCAAGUGGAAAAGAUUUGCUUCUUGAUCCUUGCGGACAGACACCUUUUGAUUUCUUUACUGGUUUGUCUUCUAGAUAUAUCCCUCCAUUUCCUACAUUCUAUUUGAAGAGGGUUAAUGACAUGAAUAGCUGCAUUGGUAGCCCGAACAAGUUUUGGGAUCCAAUAGUGUCCAGAGAUGAUUAUGAUCACCAUCCUUCACAGCUGUUGGCUAUGCAAUACUCAUCGCUUAGCUGUAACAAUCAGCUUUCUUGCUUAUCAGAUACCACGGUGUCAACAUCUCAAGUCUCAGUCACUAAAUUAUCAUCAUCAUCACCAUCUUUACUUGCAGCAGAUAACACAGCUAACACAGCAAGAAGCCAUUUUGAGAUCACCAUAUCUCCACCAUUUAUAGACUUUCUUGGAGUUGGAGCUACUUGA